UAAUGUCACGGGUGUUCAAGUUGUUCUCAUUGCAACAUUUUUUUCUAAUCGGAUUGUUAGCGGUCUAUUAUUGGUAAAAUUUGGAAUAACUACACGGCUACCAAUAGUCACUUCGCAAGUCAGUUAUAAACCACCAAUAAAUUUAUUUUAUUACCAUUCCUGCUUUUGAUAAAUGGAAACAAACUGCAAAUCAGCGUUUAUAUCUGAUUGCAAGUUGUGGUUGUAUUGUAAUAAUUUAUAGAUUUUUAGACUGUAAUUUUAAUGUAGUUUGCCCAACACAAAUAAAUAGGUAUAUAUAUUGUGAUUAAUCAAAUUAGUGCGUUAUUAAGUGACAAUAGGUGAUAAGUGAUACAGUUCAUCCUACUCAAUUUACAUUACAAAAAGUUGCACUAACUUUUAUUUUUUUAUAAUGGAAAAUAAAACAGAUUUCGACUAUCCCCAUACCUUUAUCUUGUUGGGUGCAUCAGGAGAUCUUGCUAAAAAGAAAAUAUAUCCAACGAUUUGGUAUUUAUAUCGAGAUAACGUGUUGCCGGAAAAAACUAGAUUUGUUGGUUAUGCCCGUACGAAGCAGACUUUGGAAGAAGUAAAGGAGAAGUGCAAAAAGUACAUUAAAGUACGACCUGGAGAAGAAGAUCAAUAUGAGAGAUUCUGGGCAUGUAAUGAUUAUGUGGCGGGAUCUUACGAUAAACGUAUUGAUUACGAACUUCUUAAUCAGUCUAUCACAAAGUAUGAAAAAGGCCCUGUAGCCAAUCGUAUUUUCUACUUGGCCGUUCCGCCUACCGUUUUUGAAGAUGUUACUGUGAAUAUAAAAAAUGCUUGUAUAUCUAUCAAAGGCUAUACUAGGAUUAUAAUAGAGAAACCUUUUGGCAGAGAUGCAGAGAGUUCUGACAAGCUGAGCAACCAUUUGGCUGGGCUUUUUAGAGAAGAGCAGCUUUACAGAAUAGAUCAUUACUUGGGGAAAGAAAUGGUACAAAAUCUUAUGACCAUUAGAUUUGCCAACCAGAUAUUUAAUCCUUCCUGGAAUAGAGAAAAUAUUGCAUCUGUUCUGAUCUCAUUUAAAGAGCCUUUUGGUACAGAAGGUAGAGGUGGGUACUUUGAUGACUUUGGCAUUAUUCGUGAUGUAAUGCAGAACCAUCUUCUGCAAAUCCUUUCAUUGGUUGCUAUGGAAAAGCCAGUGUCUUUGAACCCCAAUGAUAUCAGAGAUGAAAAGGUGAAAGUUCUGAGGCAUAUCAGGCCUAUUGAACUUGAUGAUAUCCUGAUUGGCCAGUAUGUAAGUAACCCUGAUGGCCAAGGUGAAGAAACCCUUGGAUAUCUUGAUGAUCCUACAGUGCCUAAAGGCUCAAUAACACCAACAUAUGCUCUGGCAGCAUUACAUAUCAACAAUGCUAGAUGGCAAGGAGUGCCAUUUGUACUGCGCUGUGGGAAAGCUCUAAAUGAAAGGAAAGCUGAAGUGAGGGUCCAGUUCAAGGAUGUGCCUGGUGAUAUUUUUAAUGGCCAUGCAAAGAGAAAUGAACUUGUUAUUAGAGUUCAACCUGGUGAAGCUUUAUAUUUGAAAUUCAUGAGUAAAUCUCCUGGCAUGAAGUUUGAUCUGGUGGAGACAGAGUUGGAUUUGACAUACAGCAUGCGUUAUAGUGGUGCUGAUGUUCCCGAUGCUUAUGAGAGAUUGAUAUUGGAUGUUUUCACUGGUACCCAGAUGCACUUUGUUCGUAAUGACGAAUUGAAGGAAGCUUGGCGGAUUUUCACCCCAGUUUUGAAGCAGCUGGAACAACAACAUAUUAAGCCUCUUCCUUAUGUGUAUGGGUCUAGAGGGCCCCAAGAAGCUGAUGCGACACUGUCUAGCUAUGACUUCAAAUACUCAGGUUCUUACAAGUGGAAAAAACCAGCUUCAUCUUAAUGUUUACAUCACAAAUUCUAUGGUGUCGGUUUGUUGUUAUUUUGGUGAUAUUCUGUUGUAACUUUAAUUUUAAGAACAAACAUAAUAAUAUUGAGGAUUCCUAUAUUUUAGAUGCAUUUUACAAUAAGUCAUUCCAAUUUUUGCCUAUUGUUAAUGGUCUUUGUACUUGUAGGUCAUUUUAAGGUUAAAUGAAAACUGCUGAUUAAGAGUCAUAUUUUUUUAAAUAUUUAGUAAUUGCAACAUUCCAUUAUAUUUAAUAAAUGUUUGUAUUAUUCACAUGUAUUUUUGCAUGUCUGUUAUAAAAUUUUAUUAUUUAAUAUACCUACUUGCAAUAUGUAUAGUUAAUCAUGUGUGUUGUGUUAGUGCCUUUCAUGAUGUCUAACAUCUCAAAAAUGUCUUUCAGGUAUACUUUGUAACUUAGCUGUGAUAAAGAAUUCCUACAAUACAUACCUAAAUUUUUAUGACAGUGUUUGUACCAGUAGGUAUAACAAGUAGAGUGUAGCUUUUAAUUAUACAGAGGUCACUUCGCUUCACCUUGAAACAAUCUGCAUGUGUUCUGUAAUAGUUUGACCUUUUAGAUAAAGUUAAGGUAGAUAUUUUACUAAUAAAUCUUUCAUUAUUAUAUAAUAUUGCAUUUCAGUAACACAUUACAGAUAAGACCUGAAUGAUUGAUCAUAAAACUUGUACAAUUUGUCUUGAUUUCUAAUAAAAAAAUUGUCAAUUUCAUAAUUAUAUUUUAUCAGUGUCUUAUUCAGUAUCUUUGCUAAAUAAUAUGUUCAACGCAGUACCUACUAGUCCAUAUCUUAAGUAGUUUUUUGCACAUGAUUGAAAGUCAUCUUCAGAUUAACUGAUCAGUAAAUUGCCAAAUCAUGCAUUAAAAUAUGACUGUUAUUAUAUAAAGUAUUUUUGAUAAUAAUUGAUCUUCAAGUGCUAAUACAUUGAAUGAUCUGCACUGUUGAUAAGCUGAUAAUGUGUUACUAUCUAAUCUAACUAUGCUAAUCUGGUUUAUGAAUAGUCUAUUAAACAUGACAAGUAAAUUACAAAUAACUUAAGGCAUGCCAUAGGGGUUUUGUAAAAGAACAAUAUUUUUUAUUUGAGAAAUGUAAAAAUAUUCUUUUCAAUAUUUUUGCCUAUAAUUUAUGUUGUUAAAAUGGACAUUAGUAUUUGGUUUCAUGUAUAUUUCCAAAUUCUGUCUCGAUUAUUGACUGUUUUUUUUAUUGUGCUUUUGUUUACAUUUAUACCUCAUUUAUACCUAAUGCUUAUUGGAUUUGUAUAACACUGUUUUCUUUAUAAUAAGUUAAAUUAUAAUAUUUAAGUUGGCUAGAACUAAAAAAGAGAGAGCUUGCUAGAAUUUUUACAAUAUACAUAGUAUACCUACAUGAAUGCAUAUAUUUUUCAUGGCUUAGGGCUUUGGCUAUGUCAACAAAAAUAGAGUCUUCCACAAUGAAAAUAGUAUUAACCUAUUUUUUUAUAUGUAAAUGACAAUUAUUUUACAAAAUUAAAGAUCAGGCAAUCAGUA